AUGAAAGCCAGUGUUUCACAUGAUGUGAAAAAUCCUCCUAGAGGUAUACAUAUCGAGUGUUAUAAGUAUCUUUAUGAAUCUUCACAGCAUGUAUCAGGACUGCCUACUUUGUUUUGUCACAAUCAUAUUGCGAAACACUCUUUAGGUCAUGUCAAUCAUCAGCCAACAGGCGCCGUUCAGAAUUUGAAGACUACCGGACCUUUAAGCUUUAAAAGUCUUGUUCGCUAUUUUCUUCAAAGAGUUAGCAGCAAAAAGCAUUUGAUAAGAAGGUACUGUCUAGAUACUUAUAUGGCUGCUUCAUGCGAGAGGUGGAUAGAUGGGCUUCAGUUCUCCUCAUUGUUUUGGCCUCCACCAAAAGAUGCAGAGUAAAGGAAGGUGUGAUUUGUUGUAUUAAAGACACGUACUUUUCUUUAUUACCUUUUACAUGCAUACGCAUGACAACUUUUUUUUUCCUUCCGUGUUCUCAAUAAAAAAUGUGUCUUUGCUUCUCUUUGGCUAAGGUCUAGCUGCUGAAUAGAAGUUAAAUGACAUGUUUCUGAUAUUUCUGAUUUAUGUGUUGAACUUGUCAAUUGCAUUACUCUAUUGUGUCUCUUCUCCUGCAAUCUAUCACUGUUUCCAUUGUAAUUGAUACAUGUAAGUCUACCUUGAAGCUCCUUAUUAAUUAACUAUAAAUAUUUUGGAA